AUGCUGCUAACUCUUCACAUCCCUACCCAAAUGCUCUCACCCCUUAUUGAGCUGAGGGGCAUUGAACACGUAGAACUGGCUUUCGCCACUCACCCCAUUUUUCAAAUCUUGGUCAUCGUCCUGACAAUCGACAUCCAAUUACAUGUGACGCCGCAAUUUAAGAAACUGGUGGACUGCCCAGAGAAUCUCCGUGAGUCCAUCGACUGGUUGAUCCAGGUUAGGUAUGGGAAUGGUGACAGUGAUGGUCUUGAUGAGUUGGCAAAAGCUUUGAAAAAGUUGAUUGCGGAGGAUAUAGAUAAGGCUACUAACUCCCUCCAAUCCGAAAAAUCUAAACUUGAAUGCCCUGUUAAGUAUAAUGAUAAGCUCUCUAACUGUGCCUAUAUUGAUAAGCUGAUGAAACAUGCUAAAGAUUCUGACAAUGCCGAUCAGCCUAAAAAUGGUUUUACUAAGCAGCAAAUAACUGAUAUGAAAAAAUCAUGCUCCGAUUCCCACUCCCGUCGUUAUGAUGAUGCUACUAAGAAAGCCUUGGAUGGCAUUAAAGAGCGUGAGAAACAACUUGAAGAUCUUACUAAUAAGCUUAGCAUAUUUACUGACAAAAAUCAUCAAAAAUGUACUGACUUACUUACAAACCUCUGCACCGGCCUCGAAACCUUCCUCGGCUUCAACUCUGAGACCAAAGGCUACACUGGCCAUGGCAUUGUGUACUCCGACCUGGAUAGGCUGUGUGACGGGGUGAUGGCGUUUUUCUAUGGUGUUCUCAGUAACAUCAAAGAGCAUUUAGGGCAGCAUAAAAAUACUUUAGAUGAUGCAAUUGAGAGUCUUAAGCAAAAUAAACACCGCGGUAAAAACGGUUUUAAUGUUGCGAUUGAAAGUGUGGUUGCAGGGGUGCGGGGGUAUAAUGAGAGUGUCAGAAAUUCCAACAACCAUGUCAUAAACAAAAUAACAGAUUUCGACAGAGAGAUGAAGAGACUCAAAAAAUCGGUAAGUGAGAUUGUACAAAAUAAUCGUGUUGCAGAUGAGACCUUGAAAUAUGAACAAGUUGCGGAAGAGAUGGAGAGGCGUUUGGCAGAAUAUGAAAAGAGAGCCGCCGACUUUAAUAAAACUUUAGAUAUGCAGAAUAAUGAUGAAACAACUAGAAACGCAAUUAAUGAUCUUAGUGAUAAAUUACGUGAUAGAAUAGAUAACGUACAUAAGACCAUGGUGCAUGAGAAAACCAGGUUGAGUGAGUUGGCGACGAAGGAAAAGCAGCGCUUUAAGAGCAUGGAGGCGUGUAUUAACACAACGUUAGUAGGUGUUGGUACGUGUGUCAAUCGCGAAAUCGGUAAUAAAGUGAAGGAGUUGAUCCGCGAUUUGAGGCAGAUGGUGCAGAAGAUGUUCGUGCAGCUCGAGAAGAUCAACAAAGAGCUGCCGCAGUUUGUUGAACGGUUGCAAGAAUGGAUUCAAAAGGCAGAUGGAGAUGUCACCAAGACGGAAGACAACGUGAAAAAAAUACUGGAGCAAGUUAACGACGGUCUGACGAGUAACAAGAUACCAAUUGAUGAUGCCAUUAAGGAGUUGGAAAAGACCAAGAUUGCGCUUGAGACGUAUAUUAGUGGUGAGAAAAGUGGACUGACAGGGUUUGUUAAUAACGUUAACGAGGCGAUUGGGAGGCUCUAUAAUAAGGUCACUGGCGAACCUGGGCCGGUGAGAAAUGAUAAGACGAUUGACGAGAUUAUGCGACAUAUUAAAAGCAAGGUGAUGAGUAUUAAAGGAUACGUUGGAGUGAAAAAUGAACACGGCGAUGACACGGAUGAAAGUAUAUAUCAGAAUUGGGAUGCAAUAAAAAAGGAAAUUUUAGAGUGCGUUGAUUUAUUGACCGAUACUGGCAAUUCAAGUCUUACUGAUGUAGUUAAAGGCAUCAAUGCUUUCGCUGGUAAGUUUAAAAAAGGAGAAGAUUAUUUCGGCGUAAUAUUCAAAGACUGGGUGACGGACAUCAUUCGUAGGGAACCGGUUAAGGGCUGGAUUGACAAGUACGUUGAGGAAAACAAGGGAUAUGGUUAUUUCAACGGAAAACUCAGUGGACGGGGAACUCCAGCAUUACACGCCUUUGUUGCACCAAUUGUGACGCGCCAUAUCACAGAAAAACUCCAAGAGAUACAUCCCCCAAAUAACUUCGACGCCACAAACACAAUGGAUCAGAAAUUUUUGUACAUUUUGAAUUAUAUGAACAAAUUAUCAACUGAUUUGUGGAAUAAAGAAAGUAGUAUAAUUAGAUUGAUGGAAGGUGAGGUCAAACUUCACUCUGAAUUGGUACAGUCGGAUAGGCAGACAGGUCAUAAGAAAUAUUAUCUCGAGCUCGCUGUGAGGGCCACACUUGCGUCUCUCGCAUCAGUUGCCAAACAUAUUGGUGAUCAACUAGAUAAAUUGAAGACAACGUCGAAUAUUCACAACAAAUUGGAGCAGGCCAUAGCGCAAGUUAGAGAUCUAGGGAGCCAACUUAAAUCUGAUAAACCAGGCGUUAAGCUCGACGCAGCAUUGGAGCUGUUAAAAGAAGAAAUUAAGAAUCUCCACGAUAAUUUUGAACAGGUGUUCCAAACCAGCGUCGACGACGAUCCGAAUUACGCCAAAGCCGUAGACGUGGCCAUAAAAACUGUUAAAUCUGGAAUUGAAGCCAUGAACGUCGAUGCAAUCAAAGACGCUCUGUCAAAUUGGACCCACCAAAUUAAGGCCAAUUUUGCCGCGCUCACUGGCGAAAUUUCAGUUGUCAGUAGGGGUAUCAGUGAGCAAUUGACUCAACUCAAAAAGUACAUAUCCCUGAAUAACGGUGGCAACGGCCUUCAAAAAAUUCAUGAUGAUCUUCACAACCUAAUAGGCCCGGUAGCAGAUGCACUCAAGACGGCCAAAAGAUUCCUCGGAAGUGUUGACCACUCCGGUACCGCCACCAUCCAGGCACUAGGAAGAGACGUCGAUUCACAAGUGGAGAGCGCUAAGAAAGCUCUAAUUGCUAAGGCCAGAGAACAGUACGUUACAUCUCUACAGGGUCUGCUCGUGUCUUUUUCAACGAAAGCUGAGGCGGAAUUACAACCGCUGCCUGGCUUGAUCACUAAGGAGUUGGACUUGGGCGUUAAAGGUUUCAUGAAUAAAAUAGAAAAGUAUUUCAUUGGAACGGAUAAAGGAAUUAAAGUCAUUAAGGACAUCAAGACCACCCACUCUCCUCCAGAGAAGUCUCCACUCAGCCAGGCAGCUCAGAGAGCAUACAACGCCUCCAGACGUUUUUGUCAUUAUUUGAAGUCACAGACAGACUUCAUAUCAGACUUUCAAAAAUACGAGCCCUUGCAUAAUGCUCAUCUAACUUUGCUCGAUGGACUCAAAUCUUCCGAACAUUUCAAUCACCAAUUUAGAGAUAACUUAGACACAAUUAAGAUUACUCUCGGCCAACUCGCUCCUCAGCAAUUCGGCACCUCUUCGACGGUCAUGUUACAAGCCCUGAAAGGGGGAAUUGCUGCUUUGGUCGACGAACUUGACAAAACCUACGUAAGCAGUUACUCCGGGAGACAAUGGCAAGACGAGGAACGGGGACACUACGCGAAAAUCGGCUUGACCAUCACGCCCAUCUUAUAUCAAGAAUUGACUACCUUUAAGCAUGGCCUUGAUAUAUACGAUUGGACCACCCAUAAAAUCUAUGAUGCUCAAGCACCUACCUCCAGCCUCCACGCUCUCUUCUUCCGCGACAACGGGUAUGACGUCCGUCGUCCUGAGAACGCUGAGCACGGCGAACUGAAUCACCGAAAUGACUUCAAUGGUAGCAGCAUUCUCAAACACCUUACCAACGAAACGCAUAAUCUGUUCAGCCAACUGUCAUCUCCCGUCAUCGGCAUUCGUCAAUCGACAUCCGGGUCGGACGAGCUAGGUGUAACCAUCGCGGAGGAAAGUGGUCUCAUCCGAAAACUCUAUGAUUGCUUAAAUACGUACCUCAAAGUCUGCCACCUUAUCCGUGUUGACAAACCAAGGGCUCCAUGCUCCGUUUACGAAAUUCUUGUCUGGUGCUGCGGCCUGCAGUUCAACCCCGUGUACGAGAGGCUCAAGGCGCAAAUUAAAUCUGAGUUCAUGAAGGAGGACAAAGAACGGCCGGGUACUAAAACGCUGCAACCCUUCGAAGCGCAUCCGUCUCCCUUCCAACACACGCAUAUCGACGAAGCGCUCUACAAGGUCUCAUCUGACUCCCACGCCGUCCUCACCGCUAUCCUAGGGCACGGUCACAAGGACGGAAUCUACGCGUGUGAUUUCUCCAGCAACUCGCUGAAAUUAGAGUACCCUGCCAACAUGAUUCAACUGCUGUGUACGUUGUUCGACCUGCUUAAGCGCCUCUACCACCAGCUGUACUUCCUGCUGCAGCAGUGUAAGCACAAUGCUCAGCUAAGCGGCUGGAGGGACUGCCACUACGGCAAGUACAUCGGUGGGUCGGGCUGGCAGUGCAACACGAAGCAGUGCCCUAAGCAAGACUGCGACCAAAGGCACGACCAAAGUGGCAACCAAAUGGGUGGGCAAUAUCCCAACUGCGGCGUCAAGUCGCCACUGCAAUCGUUCUUGGAGGACGGAUUGAAAGGCCACCUGCCGCAUUCGGUAGCAGCUAGGGGAUCGAGUCUGUCAUGUGGCACGUGUGGUAGUACACCUGGUAUGCCGUGCAGGACGCCAAUGGGCUUCGCUGACAUCAGUGCCAUCGCGUCGCAUACGAUGAUUGGCCAGGAUAUAUGCGAUGUGCUUUACGAUUUCUGUGGCCGUCCUAACUCCCCUCUCACUAGACUGUGCAGUUACUUGAACUGCCUUCUGCCUAGUGCGCCGAAAACGCUGGCGGACAUGUUCAGCUUCUACUAUCAUCUCACCGAUCGCUGGGGUAUGAGUGGUAACGGACACAAGAGAGAGGCAUUUGAAGAGAGUGUUAAAGCUGCCAAUUUCGGACGUAGUUAUGGUGAGUUGAAAGUCUACUACUUAUUUACCCCUAGUCACUCAGCAUUGAAGAAGGGCCACUCCGAUGGUAGUCUGGGCAGUCUCGUAUGCUUAUCAAGGGAAGCCGUCGUAUGCGGUCCUUAUCUCCGUCCCAUCAGUCAAUCCAUCUACGAGACGUUCUCGUCAAAACACGCCGAUAAAUAUUUGUCGUGGAUCGUUUACCUGACGGCGACGUUCUACGAUCUGCUUAAGAAAUUGUAUGAUGAGUGCAAUUCCAAAUGCGGUGCCAGGGGAUCGAAUUGUCACGUGAAAGCGUGCGUCAAGGGGUGUCCAACUACAACCAUAGCGCAAGAUCCGCCACGAUAUCACGAUCGCAACUGCAAAUCCAUUGUCAGCUGUAAUGCUACGCUGCCAACAUUGGCAAAAUACGGCUUCGUUCUCGGCAAUCCGGAGAGGCUGAACGGGGAUAGACAAUCGCAUACAAAACGCACGUGCAGAGAUUUCUGCUAUGUAUUUGCGGAGGCAUUUGAGAAGGACUCACAUCUUGUGAAGUUUUUCAAAGCCAUUGAUAAUUUCAUGUUCGCCAUCCGCGGACCGUUCCUGUGGAUGACCGUCGCGCUCUGGUCACUAUCUCUCUUCUACCUCAUCUGCGUAAUGGUUGGCAGACUGGAUGUGCUGCACAUCAGGUCACACCUGAGGAUACCGUCGUCGCACAAGAUAACGGCGCAGUCAUUGUUGGCUGCAGCGCAAGUCGGAAGGCUUGCCAAGAUAUCGUAUCUACAGCCGUAA